UUUUUUUUUUCUCCACCACAUUCUCGUUCACUUUUGACACCAACAUGCCCCCCAACAAAGAAACCCAAAAUCACACUCUCUGUGUCUACCUCCGACCCCCUCCUGUAUCGGUUUGCCCUCACUUCACGGCUCAGUGACCGUCUCCGCUUCGUGCUCACUGGAAGCGAUCUGCUCACAGCACGCCUUCCCGAGGUCUGACCCGUAUCAGUGGUGCGUGGGAUGCGUGUUCGGUGUGCGUGAGCGUGUAUCUUGUCUUCUGCCAUGUGUGAGUGUCUGCGAGGGAUCUUCCGUGUCACCUGGGCACCCUCUUCAGACGCAGACUCUGACCGAGAGGACAGUCAUGGGAAUCCAGAAGCCAGAGAUUCAGCUGUAAACAACAAAAGACGCUCUCCUCCCUCGGACAGGCCUCCCUUUGGCGCUCAUCUAAGUACACACCACAGCAUCUCUGCUGAUGAACAGGACAGCCCAGAGCGAAUUGUUCAGAAGGAAAAACUCCAUGCAGAACUAAAACAAGUUUUGAGUCAGAAGAGAAGCCAGCUUAGAGACACCCAAUCCACCCUCACAGACAUGGAGGAACCCCCCAAGACAGACAAUAAGAAUGAGCUGGAGAAGGACAACCAGUUGUCAGAGCUCGUGGAAAUGGUUGUUGAAACACAGGCUGAGGUUGGAGCUAGUGGGUACAGUGUUGUGGGUGGAGGGGAGCAAGGCAUCUUCAUCAAAGAGGUCUUGAAAGACUCCCCAGCAGCAAAGCACCUCAGUCUACAGAAAGGAGAUCAACUGCUAAGUGCCAGGGUGUAUUUUGAUAACGUCAAAUAUGAGGACGCAUUAAAAAUUCUUCAGUGUGCAGAACCCUACAAAGUGUCCUUCUUUUUGAAGAGGACUGUGCCAGGAAGUGAAGUCAGCAUACGUCCAGGUGCACAAAAUCUUGAGCUCAGAGGACCUAAGGCCAAGAUGCAAAAAAUGAGCGUCAAAAGUGUGAAACCAUUCAAAACUAAGAAAAGGAGAGGAGGAAGAUUUGGAUUGAAAAGACUGAAAGAGAACAAAAUAUCAAGAGCACGGGCAGAGCUGGAAGUUGAUGGAUCACCUGGUAGAUCAGACCUCAGUCCUGUUGAUGUUGAGUUUGUAUUCCCGAAGUUCAAGAUAAGGAAAGGUGGGAAGGCCACUGCAGAUGGAUCAGAACAUCUGGAGGGUGUUAUCACUAGUACUAAGAAGAAGAGGAAGAUCAGAUUUCCAAAGAUGAAGGCCAUGGAUGCUGCUGUUGGUGAAGGGAAGGCCAAUAUAGAUGUUUCAACACAUGAAGGAGAGGCCUCUGGAUCCAAGCUGAAAGCGAAGACGAAAGGUCCAAAAUUUGGAAUGAAUUUCCCAAAAAUUCAAAAGUCAAAGUUAGAUGUACAAUCUACAAAUGACAGCUUUAAGGUGAAAGAACUAGAAGGCAAAUUUAAGCUUCCAUCAGUAGAGUGUGAUUUCAACAUGCCUCAGGGCAAGGCUGAAACUAAUGUUUCUAAUUUUGAGGUUAGUGUUAAAGGAAAAGGAGAGGAUCCUGAGAUAAAAAUUCCAAAGAUAAAUCUGGAUGUCUCAGAUACAAAGGUGACAGUCCCAAAGUUCAAACUGCCGAAGUUAAGACUUUCUUGUCAUUCAGAUGAAAUUGAUGGAGAGGCAAGGAAAGAAACUGAUACAUCUGAAAAUAAACUGAAAAUGCCCAAGAUUGACAUCAAAGCACCAAAUGUGGAUUUGGACUUGCAUCUUCCAAAGACUAGGGGCAAGGCUGAAUUCAAAGAUGUUGAAGUUCCCGACUGCACUAUAAAAGGAACAAAAAUCAACACCACUAAGCCUGACACACCAUUACCAGUGCUAAACCUUGAGGCAAAACAACAAUUUGGAGAUGACAUCGAUGGAUCCAUGGACAAAGAGCAUAAGAUUUUCCUCCCCAAACUUGACAUUGCAGGGCCCAAGAUAGAGACGGCAGAUGUGGACAUUGGUCUUCCUACAUUAGAUGUGUCAUUACCAAAGAUGGCUGCAAAAAGCAUUGAUACUGAGGGACAUGCGAGUACUGGGGUAAAAUUUGAAAUGACAAAAUUAGAUAUCUCUCUUCCAAAAAUAACUUCCCCUGAGUGUGAGGUCAUAGUUGAAGAACCUGGAGCAAAAGGUGGAACAAUUUACAAGCCAAAUAUCAGUAUUCCAUUACCAAAAGGUAAAGGUGAAGCAAAGGUGGAUGGUCAUUCUGAGAAAGGGCCAAGUGUGAAAAUGCCACAAAUAGACAUUUCCCUCCCCAAAAUGAAAUUACCACAAGGUAAAAUUGAUAUUGAAGGGCCUGAGGUCGACAUUUCUUUGCCAAAAGAAACGCUAGAGGGGGAUGCAUAUAUUGAGGACCACUUUGGAAAAGGGGGAAAGAUUAAAAUGCCUCGAGUAGAUGUCCACCUACCUAAUGUGAAAUCAUCUGAGCAUGCCAUUGCUGAGGGGCAUGACAUAAAAGCAGGAAAAUUGAGUAUGCCAUCAAUUGAAAUUUCACUUCCUAUAGGCAAAACUGAGGUUGGAGCUGAUAUUUCAUUACCAAAAGAAAAAACAAAUGAACAGAUUAUUCUUGAGGUUGACAAGGGAGAUAAGUUUCAGAUUCCUAAAUCUGAUAUAAGUCUACCUAAACUCAAAUUAGGAGAAGUUGAUUUUGAUGUUAAAAGAACCGAUGGGAAGUUUCACAUGCCAGCAAUUGAUAUAUCAUUGCCACAUAGAAAAUACCAAAAAGAUAUUAAUGUGGAACCCUCUGGUAAAGGUGGAAAGGUUGAAAUUCCAAAGGUUGAUAUCUCUCUGCCUGCAGUGAAAGCUUCUGCAGUUGAGAUUUCCUUGCCAAAAAUGAAGUCAAAACAAGGUGACAUCAGUAUUAAAGGGUCUGACAGCAAAAUAUUGAACAUGCCAUCCGUUGAUAUAUCAUUUCCAAAAGUAACAGAAACAGGUAAUGUUGAUCUCAAGAGACAUUCAGGAAAAAUAGGCAAGUUUGAUAUUCCAAAACUGGAUAUUUCCUUACCAAAAUUUGAAUCAACCAAAGGGGAACUCAGCAUGGAAGGACCUGAAUUCAAAGGUGGCAAAUUAAAUAUACCUUCUUAUAAUAUCUCAUCAGAUGUUUGUCUGGAGGGAGAAACCAAAAGGGGCACAAAAUUUCAAAAGCCAAAAGGGGGUGAAGUUGAUGUUCAAGGUCCCAAUAUCAAGGGUGGAAAGUUUCACAUGCCCUCUAUUGAUAUCUCUCUGCCAGGAGGAGAUGUAGAUGUUGAAGGACAUGCAGGAAAAGGAAGAAAAUUUGACAUGCCUAAAUUAGAUGUUUCCUUGCCUAAAUUAAAACCAUUAGGAGGUGAAAUGGACAUUGAAAGUCCCAAUAUCAAGGGUGGAAAGUUUCACAUGCCCUCUAUAGAUAUCUCUCUCCCUGGCGGAGGAGCAGGAGGAGAUGUAGAUGUUGAAGGCCCUGCAGGAAAAGCAAGAAAAUUUGAAAUGCCUAAAUUAAAACCAUCAGGAGGUGAAGAUGACGUUCAAGGUCCCAAUAUCAAGGGUGGAAAGUUUCACAUGCCCUCUAUAGAUAUCUCUCUCCCUGGCGGAGGAGCAGGAGGAGAUGUAGAUGUUGAAGGCCCUGCAGGAAAAGCAAGAAAAUUUGAAAUGCCUAAAUUAAAACCAUCAGGAGGUGAAGAUGACGUUCAAGGUCCCAAUAUCAAGGGUGGAAAGUUUCACAUGCCCUCUAUAGAUAUCUCUCUCCCUGGCGGAGGAGCAGGAGGAGAUGUAGAUGUUGAAGGCCCUGCAGGAAAAGCAAGAAAAUUUGAAAUGCCUAAAUUAAAACCAUCAGGAGGUGAAGAUGACGUUCAAGGUCCCAAUAUCAAGGGUGGAAAGUUUCACAUGCCCUCUAUAGAUAUCUCUCUCCCUGGCGGAGGAGCAGGAGGAGAUGUAGAUGUUGAAGGCCCUGCAGGAAAAGCAAGAAAAUUUGAAAUGCCUAAAUUAAAACCAUCAGGAGGUGAAGAUGACGUUCAAGGUCCCAAUAUCAAGGGUGGAAAGUUUCACAUGCCCUCUAUAGAUAUCUCUCUCCCUGGCGGAGGAGCAGGAGGAGAUGUAGAUGUUGAAGGCCCUGCAGGAAAAGCAAGAAAAUUUGAAAUGCCUAAAUUAAAACCAUCAGGAGGUGAAGAUGACGUUCAAGGUCCCAAUAUCAAGGGUGGAAAGUUUCACAUGCCCUCUAUAGAUAUCUCUCUCCCUGGCGGAGGAGCAGGAGGAGAUGUAGAUGUUGAAGGCCCUGCAGGAAAAGCAAGAAAAUUUGAAAUGCCUAAAUUAAAACCAUCAGGAGGUGAAGAUGACGUUCAAGGUCCCAAUAUCAAGGGUGGAAAGUUUCACAUGCCCUCUAUAGAUAUCUCUCUCCCUGGCGGAGGAGCAGGAGGAGAUGUAGAUGUUGAAGGCCCUGCAGGAAAAGCAAGAAAAUUUGAAAUGCCUAAAUUAAAACCAUCAGGAGGUGAAGAUGACGUUCAAGGUCCCAAUAUCAAGGGUGGAAAGUUUCACAUGCCCUCUAUAGAUAUCUCUCUCCCUGGCGGAGGAGCAGGAGGAGAUGUAGAUGUUGAAGGCCCUGCAGGAAAAGCAAGAAAAUUUGAAAUGCCUAAAUUAAAACCAUCAGGAGCAAGAAAAUUUGAAAUGCCUAAAUUAAAACCAUCAGGAGGUGAAGAUGACGUUCAAGGUCCCAAUAUCAAGGGUGGAAAGUUUCACAUGCCCUCUAUAGAUAUCUCUCUCCCUGGCGGAGGAGCAGGAGGAGAUGUAGAUGUUGAAGGCCCUGCAGGAAAAGCAAGAAAAUUUGAAAUGCCUAAAUUAAAACCAUCAGGAGGUGAAGAUGACGUUCAAGGUCCCAAUAUCAAGGGUGGAAAGUUUCACAUGCCCUCUAUAGAUAUCUCUCUCCCUGGCGGAGGAGCAGGAGGAGAUGUAGAUGUUGAAGGCCCUGCAGGAAAAGCAAGAAAAUUUGAAAUGCCUAAAUUAAAACCAUCAGGAGGUGAAGAUGACGUUCAAGGUCCCAAUAUCAAGGGUGGAAAGUUUCACAUGCCCUCUAUAGAUAUCUCUCUGCCUGAAGGAGGAGCAGGAGGAGAUGUAGAUGUUGAAGGCCCUGCAGGAAAAGCAAGAAAAUUUGAAAUGCCUAAAUUAGAUGUUUCUUUGCCAAAAUUAAAACCAUCAGGAGGUGAAGAUGACGUUCAAGGUCCCAAUAUCAAGGGUGGAAAGUUUCACAUGCCCUCUAUUGAUAUCUCUCUGCCAGGAGGAGAUGUAGAUGUUGAAGGACAUGCAGGAAAAGGAAGAAAGUUUGACAUGCCUAAAUUAGAUGUUUCUUUGCCUAAAUUAAAACCAUCAAGAGGUGAAGUUGAAGGUACUGAUAUCAAGGGUGGAAAGUUUCACAUGCCCUCUAUAGAUAUCUCUCUGCCUGGGGGAGGAGCAGGAGGAGAUGCAGAGGUUGAAGGACCUGUAGGAAAAGGAAGAACAUUUGAAAUGCCUAAAUUUGAUGUUUCCUUGCCUAAAUUAAAACCAUCAGGAGGUGAAUUGGGCAUUGAAGGUCCUGAUGUCAAGGGUGGAAAGUUUCACAUGCCCUCUAUAGAUAUCUCUCUGCCUGGGGGAGGAGCAGGAGGAGAUGCAGAUGUUGAAGGACCUGUAGGAAAAGGAAGAACAUUUGAAAUGCCUAAAUUUGAUGUUUCCUUGCCUAAAUUAAAUCCAUCACCAGGAGAAAUCAAUGUUGAAGGUCCCGAUAUCAAGGGUGGAAAGUUUCACAUGCCCUCUAUAGAUAUCUCUCUGCCUGGGGGAGGAGCAGGAGGAGAUGCAGAUGUUGAAGGACCUGCAAGAAAAGGAAGAAAAUUUGAAAUGCCUAAAUUUGAUGUUUCCUUGCCUAAAUUAAAUCCAUCACCAGGAGAAAUCAAUGUUGAAGGUCCCGAUAUCAAGGGUGGAAAGUUUCACAUGCCCUCUAUAGAUAUCUCUCUGCCAGGAGGAGGAGCAGGAGGAGAUGUAAAUGUUGAAGGGCAUGCAGGAAAAGGAAGAAAAUUUGAAAUGCCAAAAUUAGAUUUUUCCUUGCCUAAAUUAAAACCUUCAGGAGGUGAAAUCAAUGUUGAAGGCCCCAAUAUCAAGGGUGGAAAGAUUCACAUGCCCUCUAUAGAUAUCUCUCUUCCAGGAGGAGGUGCAGGAGGAGAUGUAGAUGCUGAAGGACCUGCAGGAAAAGGAAGAAAAUUUGAAAUACCUAAAUUUGAUGUUUCCUUGCCUAAAUUAAAACCAUCAGGAGGUGAAAUCAAUGUUGAAUGUCCCGAUAUGAAGGGUGGAAAGAUUCACAUGCCCUCUAUUGAUAUCUCUCUGCCUGGAGGAGAAGCAGGAGGAGAUGUAGAUGUUGAAGGACAUGCAGGAAAAGGAAGAAAAUUUGAAAUGCCAAAAUUAGAUUUUUCCUUGCCUAAAUUAAAACCAUCAGGAUGUGAAAUGGACAUUGAAGAUCCCAAUAUCAAGGGUGGAAAGUUUCACAUGCCCUCUAUUGAUAUCUCUCUGCCUGGAGGAGGAGCAGGAGGAGAUGUAGAUCUUGAAGGACCUGCAGGAAAAGGAAGAAAAUUUGAAAUGCCUAAAUUAAAACCAUCAGGAGGUGAAAUCAAUGUUGAAGGUCCCGAUAUCAAGGGUGGAAAGUUUCACAUGCCCUCUAUUGAUAUCUCUCUGCCUGGAGGAGGAGCAGGAGGAGAUGUAGAUCUUGAAGGACCUGCAGGAAAAGGAAGAAAAUUUGAAAUGCCUAAAUUAAAACCAUCAGGAGGUGAAAUCAAUGUUGAAGGUCCCGAUAUCAAGGGUGGAAAGUUUCACAUGCCCUCUAUUGAUAUCUCUCUGCCUGGAGGAGGAGCAGGAGGAGAUGUAGAUCUUGAAGGACCUGCAGGAAAAGGAAGAAAAUUUGAAAUGCCUAAAUUAGAUGUUUCCUUGCCUAAAUUAAAACCAUCAAGACGUGAAAUGGACAUUGAAGGUCCUGAAAUCAAGGGUGGAAAGUUUCACAUGCCCUCUAUAGAUAUCUCUCUGCCAGGAGGAGGAGCAGGAGGAGAUGCAGAUGUUGAAGGACCUGCAGGAAAAGGAAGAAAAUUUGAAAUGCCUAAAUUUGAUGUUUCCUUGCCUAAAUUAAAACCAUCAGGAGCUGAAAUGGACAUUGAAGGUCCCGAUAUCAAGGGUGGAAAGUUUCACAUGCCCUCUAUUGAUAUCUCUCUGCCUGGAGGAGGAGCAGGAGGAUAUGUAGAUGUUGAAGGACAUGCAGGAAAAGGAAGAAAAUUUCAAAUGCCUAAAUUAGAUGUUUCCUUGCCUAAAUUAAAACCAUCAGCAAAAGAAAUCAAUGUUGAAGGUCCCGAUAUCAAGGGUGGAAAGUUUCACAUGCCCUCUAUUGAUAUCUCUCUGCCUGGAGGAGGAGCAGGAGGAUAUGUAGAUGUUGAAGGACAUGCAGGAAAAGGAAGAAAAUUUCAAAUGCCUAAAUUAGAUGUUUCCUUGCCUAAAUUAAAACCAUCAGCAAAAGAAAUCAAUGUUGAAGGUCCCGAUAUCAAGGGUGGAAAGUUUCACAUGCCCUCUAUUGAUAUCUCUCUGCCUGGAGGAGGAGCAGGAGGAUAUGUAGAUGUUGAAGGACAUGCAGGAAAAGGAAGAAAAUUUCAAAUGCCUAAAUUAGAUGUUUCCUUGCCUAAAUUAAAACCAUCAGCAAAAGAAAUCAAUGUUGAAGGUCCCGAUAUCAAGGGUGGAAAGUUUCACAUGCCCUCUAUUGAUAUUUCUCUGCCAGGAGGAGGAGCAGGAGGAGGAGAUGUAGAUGUUGAAAGACCUGCAGGAAAACAAAGAAAAUUUGAAAUGCCUAAAUUGGAUGUUUCCUUGCCUAAAUUAAAACCAUCAAGACGUGAAAUGGACAUUGAAGGUCCCGAAAUCAAGGGUGGAAAGUUGCAUAUGCCCUCAAUUGAUAUCUCUCUGUCUGGAGGAGUAGGAGGAGAUGCAGAUGUUAAAGGACAUGGUGGAAAUGGAAGAACAUUUGAAAUGCCUAAAUUGGAUGUUUCCUUGCCUAAAUUAAAACCAUCAGGAGGUGGAAUCAAUGUUGAAGGUCCCGAUAUGAAGGGUGGAAAGUUUCACAUGCCCUCUAUUGAUAUCUCUCUGCCUGGAGGAGGAGGAGGAGCAGGAGGAGAUGUAGAUGUUGAGGGACAUGCAGGAAAAGGAAGAAAAUUUGAAAUGCCUAAAUUAGAUGUUUCCUUGCCUAAAUUAAAACCAUCAGCAGGAGAAAACAAUGUUGAAGGUCCCGAUAAGAAGGGUGGAAAGUUUCACAUGCCCACUAUUGAUAUCUCUCUGCUAGGAGGAGGAGCAGGAGGAGAUGUAGAUGUUGAAGGACAUGCAGGAAAGGGAAGAAAAUUUGAAAUGCCUAAAUUAGAUGUUUCCUUGCCUAAAUUAAAACCAUCAGGAGGUGGAAUCAAUGUUGAAGGUCCCGAUAUGAAGGGUGGAAAGUUUCACAUGCCCUCUAUUGAUAUCUCUCUGCCUGGAGGAGGAGGAGGAGCAGGAGGAGAUGUAGAUGUUGAGGGACAUGCAGGAAAAGGAAGAAAAUUUGAAAUGCCUAAAUUAGAUGUUUCCUUGCCUAAAUUAAAACCAUCAGGAGGUGGAAUCAAUGUUGAAGGUCCCGAUAUGAAGGGUGGAAAGUUUCACAUGCCCUCUAUUGAUAUCUCUCUGCCUGGAGGAGGAGGAGGAGCAGGAGGAGAUGUAGAUGUUGAGGGACAUGCAGGAAAAGGAAGAAAAUUUGAAAUGCCUAAAUUUCAUAUUUCCUCUCCUAAAAUAAACCCAUCAGGAGGUGAAAUGGACAUUAAAGGUCCCGAUAUCAAGGGUGGAAAGUUUCACUUGCCUUCUAUUGAUAUCUCUCUGCCAGGAGGAGGAGCAGGAGGAGAUGUUGAUGUUGAAGGACAUGCAGGAAAGGGAAGAAAAUUUGAAACGCCUAAAUUUGAUGUUUCCUUGCCUAAAUUAAAACCAUCAGGAGGUGAAAAGGACAUUGAAGGUCCUGAUAUCAAGGGUGGAAAGUUUCACAUGCCCUCUAUAGAUAUCUCUCUACCUGGAGGAAGAGCAAGAGGUGAUGCAGAUGUUGAAGGACCUGCAGGAAAAGGAAGAACAUUUGAAUUGCCUAAAUUAGAUGUUUCCUUGCCUAAAUUAAAACCAUCAGGAGGUGAAAUGGACAUUGAAGGUCCCGAUAUCAAGGGUGGAAAGUUUCACAUGCCCUCUAUUGAUAUCUCUCUGCCUGGAGGAGGAGCAGGAGGAGAUGUAGAUGUUGAGGGACCUGCAGGAAAAGGAAGAACAUUUGAAAUGCCUAAAUUAGAUGUUUCCUUGCCUAAAUUAAAACCAUCAGGAGGUGAAAUGGACAUUGAAGGUCCCGAUAUCAAGAGUGGAAAGUUUCACAUGCCUUCUAUUGAUAUCUCUCUGCCAGGAGGAGGAGUAGGAGGAAAUGUAGAUGUUGAGGGACAUGCAGGAAAAGGAAGAACAUUUGAAAUGCCUAAAUUAGAUGUUUCCUUGCCUAAAUUAAAACCAUCAGCAGGAGAGAUAAAUGUUGAUGGCCCAGAUAUCAAGGGUGGAAAGUUUCACAUGCCCUCUAUAGAUUUCUCUCUGCCAGGAGGAGGAGCAGGAGGAGAUGUAGAUGUUGAAGGGCAUGCAGGAAAAGGAAGAACAUUUGAAAUGCCUAAAUUUGAUGUUUUCUUGCCUAAAUUAAAACCAUCAGCAGGAGAAAUCAAUGUUGAAGGUCCCAAUAUCAAGGGUGGAAAGUUUCACAUGCCCUCUAUAGAUAUCUCUCUGCCAGGAGAAGAUGUAGAUGUUGAAGGACAUGCUGGAAAAGGAAGAACAUUUGAAAUGCCAAAAUUGGAUGUUUCUUUGCCUAAAUUAAAACCAUCAGAAGGUGAAAUGUACAUUGAAGGUUCCGAUAUCAAGGGUGGAAAGUUUCACAUGCCCUCUAUUGAUAUCUCUCUGCCAGGAGGAGGAGCAGGAGGAGAUGUAGAUGUUGAAGGACCUGCAGGAAAAGGAAGAAAAUUUGAAAUGCCUAAAUUAGAUGUUUCCUUGCCUAAAUUAAAACCAUCAGCAGGAGAAAUCAAUGUUGAAGGCCCUGAUAUCAAGGGUUUAAGAUUUCACAUGCCCACUGUUGAUAUCUCUGUCCCUAAAAUGAAACUAACAGAUCGUGAACUAAAAGUUGGGUCAGAGAAGGAAGACAUAGACAUAGAAUCAUUGACUCAUGAUUCUGAUAUAGAGACCAAAGACAAAAUUAGUGAUUUAAAUGUACCUGAAGUAACUUUUGGUGGGAACAUCAAGCUGCCAAGUGUGAAAAUACCAACUGUUGACAUAUCUGCUCCUAAAGUUGACCUGGACUUUACUCUUCCCAAGGGAAAGGGCAGUGAUAGAGAAAACAUUGAACUUCUUAAGGCAGAGGGUGGAAGGCCGUCAUCUGGGGCAAGUUUUGAUGUUCCAGAGGUCUAUGUAAAAAUGCCCAAAAUUUCACUUCCUAAAUUUGGCAGAAAACUGAAAAGUGGUGACAAACUAGAACUGGAGAGUCCUGACUUAUCUAUAGAUUUGGAAAUGGAAAGAACAUCACCAUCUAAAAAGGACAUUGAAAUAAUUGGUCCUGACACUGAAAUUAAGAUAAAAGCAGGUGCUGAAGAAAUUACGAAACCAGAAUUCAGAGUAGAGGGUCUUGAAGAUAAGGUCAAAUCCAAGCUCAAAUUCCCCAAAUUCAAGACACCUACUCCUAAAGCAAAGCUCAAAGAUGUAGAAAUGGGUAUGCCUGGAUAUGUGGAUAACAAAGGAAAGGUCAGAAUGCCAGCAGUUGAGAUAUCAUUGCCAACUGCAAAUAUUCCAGAAUGUGAGGUAUUGCUUCCUAAAACUGAGGUUGAUGUAUCUGAGGCAGAUAUCAGAGGUUAUGAGGGCAGUUUAAAAAUUCCUAAGAAGUCAAAAAUUAACAUAUCAGUUCCAAAAGUUGAUUUGGAUGUUUCCUUGCCUAGGGUGAAACUUCAUGAACCAGUGGACUCUUCUGACUUAAACAUUGAUGGUAGUAGGGGUACAGUAAAUUUUCCCCAUGUCAAGAUCCCUAAAGUAGACAUUUCACUUCCUCAUGCAAAAACGGGUGGCACAGAUAACCAUGAGGUGGAGGUUGGAAGGAAGGGUAAAUUAAGAAUGCCAGAAGUGGAAAUAUCAUUACCACAUGUAAAACGUGACACACCUUACACUGACACUGAAAUUAAAGGUGAAAAGCUAAAAAUACCAAAAAUGUCAGUGCCUAGUGUUGAUAUAUCAUUGCCUCAUGGAAAGGAAAAUGAUGAUCCUGAUAUAGAAUUUGGAGUGAAUGGGAGUAAAUUAAAAAUGCCAGACAUUAUAGUGCCUAAGAUAGAUUUUUCACUACCUCAUGGAAGGAAAGAAGAAUGUCACGCACUUGAUUCAGAACUAGAAGGUGGAAAAUUAAAGACGCCAAAAAUUGAUAUACCCCUUCCUAAAAUAAAAUCUAAAGAUGUUGUUUCAGAACUUCAACCUGAUGUAGGAAAAGGUAAAGUCAUGAUCCCUGGGAUUAGGGGAUCUGUGGAAGUAAAAGGUGGACAAUGUAAAAUACCUGAUAUUAAGAUACCACAGGUAGACAUAUCAUUACCAGAAAGUAGAACUGGAGAGUUUGAUACCAAAGAGGGAGAAUCUGGAGGAGGGGGUGGAAAAUUGACAAUGCCAAAUGUUAAAAUCCCAAAACUAGAUAUAGGAAUGGCUAGAGAUGCAGACAUGUCAGAUCCUUCUACUGAUGCAAGCCUUAAGGAUUCACAUAAAGAGGGUAAAAAGACGAGGAUGCCUAAUGUGGAUCUAGAGCUGGAUCUUGGCUUAUCAAGAGACGAAAAAAAGAAUAAAAAGAAAUCUGAACUUCGAGAUACUGGUCUGGAACCCGCACCGAAAGAAAAAAUAAAAGGGCCAAAAGUUAAAGGUACAAAAUUUAAUAUUGGAAUGCCAAAAGUAAAAGUUUCUGGAUUAGAAACUGACAUAAACAAGUCUGGAAAAAUGGAUACUAAAUUUCUAAAAGGAGGAACUGAUGCAAACUUGAAAGCUGAUUUACAAGCACCAAAGAUUCCCGAACUUGACUUUGACAUUGAGACUGCCCAAGCUGACACUAAUAAUUCUGAUGAAGAUAAAAAGCACACUGGUAAAGUCAAAAUUCCAAAGUUUGGGAUUCCUCUGCCUUCUUUAAGUUCACCUGAAGCCAACAUCAAAUCAUCUCAGGGAAAAGGUCACUCUAUAAACAUGGACUCCAAGGUAGAGUAUGAAAGCCCACGUCUGCCAAAAGUAACAAAAGCUGUAUUUGUUAUGGUGAAUCCACAAACGGGGAGCUCUGCUAGUUUAACUGGUGAAGCAAGUGCAGAAAUUGAAGAUGUGAAGAUCAAACAGCCAAAGAUCAAAAUGAAGCCGAGUUUUGGCAAGUCUCGAUCAAAUGGAAAGGGGAAAGCAAUAUAUUGCGAAGAUGAGGUGGAAACUGGUAAGCUUAAAUUGCCCAAAGUCACAUUUUCGUCUGGGCAGAGAGGAUCAUUUGAUGUAACACCAAGUGGGUCUGAUGAUGGAACAAGUCCAAGUCUAAAUGGUGACAAAGAUGAAAAACCAAUGUUUGGAAAGCUUAAAUUGCCUAAAGUGGAGUUUUUCUCACCAUACUCAAAAGAUGCAAGUGAGGAAGAGGAAUUGGAAACAAGCAUGAAACUCAGGAAGGAGAGCUCAGGAGAAAGCAAAGAGAGCAAGGAGUCAAAGACAAUAUCAGGCACAAUGUCUUUCCCAGGUCUCAAGAAGAAAACAGAGAAGGAUGAGGAGGUGAGAAAGAUUAGUACUAUAGUAUCCUCAAAAGCAAGGACUGAAAUGUUGGCAGAACGGGAGGGAUCAGAGUCUCCAGUACCCACAGUAUCAUCUGGAUUCGUCUCUGUUAUGAAAUGUGAAGAAAGAGAGGAGACAACAUGGUUCAAAAUACCCAAGGUCACCCUUAGUCCCCAUUCUACUGACAUCCUUCAUAUCACACCAGAAAGUUCUCCAAAAGGAAGCAAGUCCUCUCUUCCUUGUUCUAUCGAGGAAGCCUCUGGAGGUUUCUAUGUGAAGAUACCAAGCGUAGAAUUUUUGACCCAUGAAAUGCCCUCCGAGCAUCUGAUUACUAAAACAGAGGGAACUCUUACCGUAGUGACUAAGACGACAAAGUAUACAGAAACAAAAGGUACCAGUUCGAAACAGUAAGAAUCUCAGUUAAAGAACUGUGACAUAUAAUCGGAAGUGGAAUAAUAAUUAGGCCCACAUAUUUGUAUGUGCCAAUUGUUUCAGUCUUGCAGGUUUUAUUCUAUUUAAAGUAAAGAAAGCAAACAUAUUUUCUCCAGAUUUUGCAACUUAUACAUAAUGAAAAUGUUGCUACAAAAAGAAUAUUAUUUAUUUUAGACAUUAUUUUCAUGUUUUGUAACUUGCCAUUCUGUAUGACACUUUAAAUUGAUAUAUUUGUAAAGAUCACAUGAUAUUUACACACAAAUAUUUAAUUGUAGAUAAAAAAACAACAUAGGCACAAAUCUGUAGAACAUAGACAGAUGCAAAGAUAUUUAAAAAAACAUUACAUUUUCUUAUGAUUUUCUUGUGCAGUCUUGCAUGACAUUUAUGCUGUAGAAUUACAGUAUUUUGGUAAUAUUGCUUUGGUUUUUUCGAUGCCUGGUUUGUCUCUGUAGUUUUCGGUUGUUGUUAUGGAAUUUUGUUUAUUUUAGAUACUAUUAGAAAUACAUGUACUAUUUUUACAUAUUUAUAUGCAUGAUCUGUACAGAUAAGAAACUAAAAAGAAAGCCUGUAAUGUAGAGUAUUUUUGUGACUUUUAAGAUACAUUUAAACAAUAUGAAGUUUUUUUUCAUUCACAAUUUUUAAGGAUUGUGACGUGCUGUACCAGAUAGCAUCUCUCUGUUCAGAAGAAAUGCUCAGAAUUCUUAUGAAUUGAAAACACUGAGUGUGACAUGUUUUUCUUUUCUUUUCUUUUUAAAAUUAACUCUUGCGUUGGUGAUGGAAUUGGCCUACCUGCGAGCAAUAUCAUUGUAUAUGUAUUAUAUUUAAGACAGGUUUAAUUAAAGAACUGCAUGUUUGUAAUGUGUUGCUUUUUUUGAAACAAUCCUUUAGAUGAUGCUUAUCUCCAUCUAAUGCAAAAAUAGAACAGUCAAAUAAAAUAUUAACAUUCUAA